AUGUCCCCGCACCCGCCCGUCUUCACGAUCACGCCGACCGCCCAGCAGUACGACUGGGGUAAAGUAGGGCUGUCUUCCAAGGUCGCGCAGUUUGCGAAAGCGACGAAUGUCGAGUCGAUCGAUGAGAGCAAGCCGUACGCCGAGCUGUGGAUGGGCACCCACACCAAGUCUCCGUCUACUGUCGACGGCAAGCCUCUCUCUGAUAUACUCGCGGCAAACCCCGCGUUCAUCGGGAGCGACGUGGCAAAGAAGUUCGACGCCGCGAACGGGAACUUGCCGUACUUGUUCAAGGUGCUCGCCAUUGCGAAGGCGUUGAGUAUUCAGAGCCACCCGGACAAGAAGACCGCAGAGAAGCUGCACGCUGAGCAGCCUGAUGUCUACAAGGACCCCAAUCAUAAGCCGGAAAUGGCUCUUGCGAUCUCACCGUUCACGGCGCUCUGCGGCUUCCAACCUUUGGAAGACAUUGCCAAAUACCUCUCCUCGACGCCAGAACUGGCCCAGCUCACGUCUGUGACACCCGAGCAGCUCACAGCAUUCACUUCUGCCGACUCUGCCGACGCCAAGUCUACUCUUCGCGCGUUGUUCUCUGAUGUUGCUGGCGCAUCGGACUCCAAGUUCAAGCCUGCGCUCGAACAGUUGAUUGCGCGUUACGAGGCUGGCAAGGAGCACGAGGACGAACGUUCUAUCAAGAGCCUCAUCCUCACUCUGAACGAGCAGUUCCCUGGCGACAUCGGUAUCUUCUGCGCCUUCCUGCUGAACAUCGUCCACCUGCAACCCGGCGAAGCGAUCUUCCUCGGCGCAGGCGAGCCGCAUGCCUACGUAUCCGGCGAUAUCAUCGAAUGCAUGGCCAACUCCGACAACGUCAUCCGCGCCGGCUUGACGCCCAAACUGCGCGACGUGCCCAACCUCAUCAGCACGCUCACCUACAACUCUUCCACAUCUUCGAAGCACACCGUCAACCCUACGUCGUUCCAGGGAAGCCAGUACACCAUGCUCUACGAUCCGCCGAUCCCGGAGUUCUCUGUGCUGCAGAGUCUGCUUCCGGCUGGCGCGAGCGAGAAGCAGGCUGCUGUUGCUGGGCCGAGUAUCACGAUUGUUACGGAGGGGACGGCGGAGGUGAAGUGGGAUGGAGGAUCGCUGAAGGCGCCGGUGGGGACUGUGUUCUUCGUUGCUGCUGGGACACCUAUGGAGGUGGCAGCGACCCAGGAUAAGGCGGUGCUCUAUAGAGCCUUUGUCGAGGCUUGA